CGGUGGCCGGGGGACCCAGCUCGCUCCGGGGACCUCGGCGGCGCCCCGAGCCCGCGCCGCGCCGCUCGCUGUAUGCGGGGCCCGAGCCCCGCGCGCCGGCCGGAGCCGCCCCCGCGCCCCGCGCCUCGCGCCCCGCGCCGCCCGUGACCGCUUGAUGGGGGUCAACGGCACCGCCGCCGCCGCCGCCGGGCAGCCCAAUGUCUCCUGCGCGUGCAACUGCCAGCGCUCUUUGUUCCCCAGCAUGGAGAUCACGGAGCUGGAGUUCGUGCAGAUAGUGGUCAUCGUGGUAGUGAUGAUGGUGAUGGUGGUGAUGAUCACAUGCCUGCUGAGCCACUACAAGCUCUCAGCCCGUUCCUUCAUCAGCCGCCACAGCCAGGCCAGGAGGAGAGACGACGGACUGUCCUCAGAAGGAUGCCUCUGGCCCUCAGAGAGCACGGUGUCAGCUGGAAUGCCAGAGCCACAGGUCUAUGCCCCUCCUCGACCCACUGACCGCCUCGCUGUGCCUCCCUUCGUCCAGCGGAGCCGUUUCCAGCCCACGUACCCCUACCUGCAGCAGGAGAUUGCCCUGCCUCCUACCAUCUCCCUGUCUGAUGGGGAAGAACCCCCACCCUACCAAGGUCCCUGCACCCUCCAGCUACGGGACCCUGAGCAACAGCUGGAGCUGAACCGAGAGUCUGUGCGCGCACCGCCCAACCGGACCAUCUUCGACAGCGACCUCAUGGACAGCGCCGUGCUGGGAGGCCCCUGCCCUCCCAGCAGUAACUCGGGCAUCAGCGCUACCUGCUACAGCAGCGGAGGGCGCAUGGAGGGGCCGCCCCCCACCUACAGUGAGGUCAUCGGCCACUACCCAGGCUCUUCCUUCCACCACCAGCAGAGUAACGGGCCGCCCUCCCUGAUAGAGGGGACCCGGCUCCAUCACCCUCACAUCGCCCCCCUGGAGAACAAGGAGAAGGAGAAACAGAAAGGUCACCCCCUCUAAGAGUGGGGGCCGGGGCACCUGUAGGCAAACUGCAGAGACACUCCGCACUUAAGAGAGAAGAGAGAGGAAGGCAGAGGACACACAGGCCGUGUGACAUGUGCCAACUCUCCUCUCUGUGUAUAAAUAUUUACAUGUUCUGUGUGGUCUGAAUGCAGAAGCUCAGAAAGCUUGCAAAAAAAAAAAAAAAAGCCACGUUUCUUUGUUGAGCCGUGUCUUGAAGGCAAAAGAGAAAAUCCUCCGCUAGUCUUUUUUUCAUUGUUCUUAGUUGAGCUCCAUGUGUGAAUGCUUAAUUUCUUUUGUUUAUGAUGGUUUCACUUAACUUUAAAGACAUAUUUGCACAAACCUUUGUUUAAAAUCUGCAAUAUUAUAUAUAUAUAUAAAUAUAUAUAAAAUAAGAGACACUGUAUGUGGGAAAGCAGGAGUAUUUUUGUACUAGAAGAGGCCUAUUAAAAAAAAAAAGUUGUUUUCUGAUCUAGAAGAGAAAAAAAAAUGGCAAAUUUUUGAGUGCCAACUCCGAAAGUGUGUAUUUACCUUGUAAAGAAAAAAAACCUACAAAGCAGAGGUUUAGAGCUAUUUAUAUAAAUGUUGAGAUUUUGCACUAUUUUUUAAUAUAAUAUAUCAGUGCUUGUUUGAUGGAAACUUCUAGAGAGUGUGUUGAGACUUGAAGGAGAAGUGUUGAGUUCGGUCUGAACAGAGCAGUGGAGUUGUCCCUCUGGAUCUCAGAGGGGCCCCCCUGUGCGAGAAAGUUGGGCUCCCCAGGACCGUGCUCCUGAAGCCAACGGAUGCUUCUGCCCAGACAGGCUGUGAGCAGUUACACAUUCCCGUGUCAUCCCUCUGGGUUACAGCUGAGUCAGGACUGCCCCACAGAGGCACCUGCUUGCAGAUGCCUUUCCCAAUAUGAAAAUAAACUGUUACUGAAGGAA